AGUUAUGCAACAGCCUUGGGAAAACGGUAUCCGAUUCUCAGCCGAACCUCCUCCGCCUCGCCUGUCUUUCGAAGCCCUCCUGUAAACGAAUGCUUCUCAUCUGGUCACAGAACAAGCGGGGGAGAUGAAGAGAAUUCCGAGGUACCGAUCCGCCAUCAAUUAGCAGGAUCGGGCUGGGCGAGAUGGCAUAUGAAUAUCUUUGGACCAGCAUACUCGAACUUACUCACUUAAUCCUCAACUGCAAGAAGCGCGGCGGACGACGAUUACAUAUAUACACCUCGGACAUUGACGACUAUUUGAGGAUCUGCAUUGCUCUGCGACUGCUCUUCCUCCGGACAUUUUUGAUCUUGUCCAUGAUCUCCGCACACAUCUCUUGUCCCCACCAUCUCGCCUGUUCCGGGCUUCUUUACAGACCAUCCACGGUACGGGUUCAAAUUGGGAUAUGUGGUCAAACAAUGCGGAUAUGGAAAUUUUUUGGCGCAUUAUUGGCACAUUUGUUGGGUUGUCCAAUCACCUACGCUAGACUCGAGGGAUGGAUCACGCGAAAAACGAGAUAUACUCCAUUGCGAAACCACACACUGGUAAAGCUCUGUGCAAGGUUGGUGUAUUCUACUGCUACUAGCGGAGAUUUCAGUAAGAAAGGCACUUUCUACAGAAAAACUCGCGCACACAAUCUUCGGCAACGACACCGAGGAGUAUCAUUCGGAAGAAGUUCAUGCCCCAUGUCCAUGCCUUCCCACGUGUGUCUUUUAGCCACUGUUACUUCCAAGAUCGUCCCUCCUCAUUCAAGCUUCGGCCCUUUCCAUUUCUGAAAGCUCUUAUCUCAAGGUCCCACAUGCGUUGUAAUAUACUACGAUUGAUCUCGCUCUUUUCGAAAUGCAUAUCUCUUGUUUACUGAGAUUCGCUUAAUUGGAUCCUCACCCGAGCAUUUAGGAGAGAAUCUUCUCCCGGCACCCAGUAUAUUAAG